AAGAAGAGAGAAAUUAGGAGGGAGAGUGAAGUUGAAGAGAGAGAGAGAGAUCAUACAUUGAGACAAUAGUAGGCCAGAGAGAGAGAAAGAAAAAAGGGACUGAAAUGUUUUGAAAGGACUACACCUGUUGGGCAGGUUGGAUUGGCAGGGGGAGGAAAGGGGACGGGACGAACGAGGAAGUUACCUACCUAACUACAGUCAUGAUGAGUUUCUGAUCUCAGUCUGACCUACAAAGACAAGAGAGACAGAAAGAGCAAGGAUCCUGGAAAACAUUCAUUUGGGAGAAAAGAGCCUUCACUGAAACAGUAUGUCUCUGUCCACCAGUCUCCUGUCAGAGGACCAGUUCACCUGCUCCAUCUGCCUGGAUGUGUUCACCAACCCGGUCUCCACACCGUGCGGACACAGCUUUUGCCAGGUGUGCAUCUGCUCCUACUGGGACAGUAACGGCAACAAGGCCUGCCAGUGUCCCCUCUGCAAGGAGAGCUUCCGCAAGCGCCCCGAGCUGCACAUCAACAGGACGCUGAAGGAGAUCACCGAGCAGUUCCAGCGCAUGUCAGAGGCGGUGCUGGAUGUAGGGGGAGGACUGGGAGGAGGAGGUGUGGAAGGGGGGCGGGGAGGGGGAGGGGUGUCAGGGUCUGACUCGCGCCCCCCCGUACCCCCAAGACCAGGAGAGAUGCCGGUCAGCCUGAUCGCUGAGAUGAAGAAUCGCUUCCAGCGUCCUGCGACGUCACGGACUCCCCCGCCAGUCUCCUACCCUCACCCGUCCACCCCUCAACACACACUCCCUCCCCCACCCUCCCCCGGCACAGCCCUGCCCUCACAGAGGAGGUUCACCCUGAGUGGGCCGGCUGACUCAACCCCCGACGCCCCGCUGUGUCCCGCCCACCUGCGCGGGCUGGACUUGUUCUGCAGGACAGACCAGACGUGUGUGUGCGCCACCUGCGUGGAGACGGAGCACCAGGGCCACAUGAUCUUACCUGCCAAGAGAGAGUGGCAGAUCAAGAAGUCCCAGCUGGGCAUCACGGAGGUGGAGCUGAGGGAAUUGAUCACUGAGAAAGAGAGGAAGGUGGAGGAGAUCAAGACUUGCCUGCAGGACAUACAGGUGUGUGCGGAGCGGGAGAUGCAGGGCACGGUGCAUGUGUUCACCUCCCUGGUGGCCAGCGUGCAGCGGUGCCAGACGGAGCUGCUGCAGUUGGUGGAGACGGCCAGAAGGGCGGCGCACCACCGCGGCCAAACGCUCCUCAGGGAGCUGGAGCAAGAGAUCUCGGAGCUGAAGAAGAAGAGCAGCGCUCUCACACAGCUGGGACAGACGGACGACUAUGUGCUUUUCUUCAAGACUUUCCCCACCAUCGCCAGCCCUCUGCAGACCAGGGAUUGGUCUGACGCCAAUGUGACUUCUGAGCUCUCCUCGGGAUUGGUGCUCCGAACAGUCAAUCAAAUGGUUGAGCGUUUCCAGGAAGAGCUGAGGAGACUGCCUGAGAUCUGCGGCUCUGUAGCACCAGCAGGUUUUCAGCCACCAACAGACCAAGCUGUCUCCAGACCCAACCCAAAGGUGAGGAAGGUGCAGGAAUAUGCAGCUGACGUGACGUUGGACCUGGCCACGGCCCACCCCCGCCUCCUCAUCUCUGAGGACAGGAAGCAGGUGCGCUGCAGUGAUCAGUACCAGACCGUGCAGGACGGGCCGCAGAGGUUUAACCGUGUGGUCUGUGUUCUGGGACAACCCGGCUUCUCCUCUGGACGCCACUACUGGGAGGUGGAGGUGGGAGGGAAGACGGACUGGGAUGUGGGCGUGGCCAGCAGCUCCAUUAACAGGAAGGGGAAGAUCACGGUGAGCCCCGCCCACGGUUUCUGGUUUCUGUCGCUGAGAGACCGGACGGACUACGCCUUCCGCACGGAGCCCUCCACGGCCCUGGGCCUGACCACCAGACCCAGCAGGCUGGGGGUGUUUGUGGACUACGAGAAGGGACAGGUGUCCUUCUACGACGUGGAGGCCAAGCUGCUGAUCUACACGUACACGGAUCGCUUCUCAGACACCAUCCACCCCUUCCUCUCCCCCUGCACCAACAAGUCUGGCUGCAACGAGGCACCUCUAGUCAUCUGUCCCGUCUCACUGCCUGACUGAGGAUUCUGCGAUGGGGAGGGCGGAGGGUCUUACUCAUAGUUAGAAGUGGAUGAGGUCAAUCUGGAUGUUUCUGGUAUAUAUUACAGUAGUCCAAAGGUAAUACAUUCACAUUCCAAUAGUCUGUAGACAGGUCUUGUACAAAGCAGUCUUAUUCCAGUGCUUGAGCACCUGACCUGGUCUUGAGAGGUAGAGGCUGACAUCUAGUGGACAUUUAGUGUUUUGCAUUGGGUUUGGAAAGGGGGGUGGAGAAGAAGGAAGGAAGGAAGGAAUGAAGGAUGUAAGGAAGGAAGGAAGGAAGGAAGGAAGGAAGGAAGGAAGGAAGGAAGGAAGGAAGGAAGGAAGGAAGGAAGGAAGGAAGGAAGGAGUAUUGACAUGUACCCAGAGAGUAUUGGCUGUAUCUAAUUUCAUGCUUGUUGAUCUCUGUUCACAUUGAUUAGCAAAUAUAGAAAAUGUUAUGCCCUGUUUUGAACCAUGUUUAUUUUUCUGAUAUUUGUCUUUCUGGAAAGGCACUUUUUUACUUUGAAAAUUUACCUUUUUCGUUUAAGAUAGCAAAAGACCGAUCUUUAACUCAAAACAGAUUGGCUUUAAAAAAAAAUGUUUUCUAUACUUUUGAGUUAUCUGUGGUCUUAAUGCAUGAGUUGGUGUAUUUCAUGAAUAAAAUGAACAAAAUUGAUGCUUCAA